AAAUUCGCUGGCAAUAAAGGGCCAGAUGAUUGUGCUGCACGAAUCACAGGCCUCUCGGGAGAAACCCAGGAAGGUCCCACACCGGUCAGCCCCCUCUCCAAGACUGGCAGUGGGCCUGACUCCUUCUGGGUGCCAGCACUAGGAGAGUGACAAGACUGAGCCUGGCUUAAGGAGCAACUACUUCUGCAGCUGGAUCAGCAAGGGUGACGAGAGUUGAACACAGAUGGAAGAGGAAAUGAUCCAUCCUCGGCCUUUGCAGGAGGAGGCAUAUGAUAUGUCAGGCGCCCGUCUGGCCCUGACACUGUGUGUCAUGAAAGCCCGGGAAGGUUCAGAAGCAGACAUAAGUGCCCUGGAACACAUGUUCAAGCAGCUGAGAUUUGAGAAUACCACGAAGAGAGAUCCCACUGCCCAGCAAUUCCAGGAAGAAUUGAAAAAUUUCCAGGAUGUCAUAGAUAACUGGAAAGAACCCGUCAGCUGCGCCUUUGUGGUGCUCAUGGCGCAUGGAGAAGAAGGCCUCCUCAAGGGAGAAGAUGGGGAGAUGGUCAAGCUGGACGACCUCUUUGAGACCUUGAACAACAAGAACUGCCGGGCCUUAAGAGGCAAGCCUAAGAUUUACAUUGUGCAGGCCUGUCGAGGAGAACACAGAGACCUCGGUGAAACAAUAGGUGGAGAUGAGAUGGUGAUGGUCACCAAGGAUGAGCCUCAAACCAUCCCAACUUACACAGACACCGUCCAUGUCUACUCCACAGUGGAGGGGCACCUCGCCUACAGACAUGACGUGGAUGGCUCUACCUUCAUCCAAACCCUAACAGAUGUGUUCUGCAACAGGAAAGGACCCAUCCUGCAACUUCUGACAGAGGUGACCAGGCGCAUGGCAAAAGCAGAACUGGUCCAGGAAGGAACAGCGAGGAAAGUGAAUCCUGAAAUCGAAAGCACCCUCCGGAAACAACUCUAUCUACAAUAGAAGUAGAAAAAGCAGGGAGAAGCUCUCCUUCAGGUGCUCUCUCUGCCCCGCAGAUAUUCAGAGGCAGCUCUUACCAUUCCUUAAAAUCUUCUCUUCCCAAGGCUAACUGGAACCCAAUCCCUCUUUCAUUAUGCCCCCUCAUCCAUGUUCUUCUUAGAGCAAGCCAACCACAAUUGAGCACGAGGCAUGAUGAUAACAUUAGCAUCACCUCUCUCAGGCUGGAUUCUCUACUUCUAUUAAUGCAACCUCUGAGAGCAUUCAUUUAUCCUACUUUCUGUUCUUAUGUUCAGCUGAGAUCUUCUUCUUCCUAUGAAUCAUAUCCUUGGAAAUUUAACUAGAUGAAGCUCAUAUUUUCCACUGGCAAACAUUGCUUGCUCACCACCUCCCACCCCAGUGACAAUUUAGCUGGCUCCUUCAUCUCACCUGGAACUAUAAUCUCCUCCUCAGUCCACAUCCAUUCCAUCUCCCAGUGAUUUACUCAUAAACCCUGGGGUUUCUGUAAGCAAAAAUUGCUCUUCCUCCUAUACCCUGCUUCUGUGGCUAUCAAGUUGGUGUCAAGUUGGCCCCUUUCUCCUAAUGUCUCUCCCUAUAAGGCACUGAACUCCUUGCAAGGAAAUCCACCCAUCCAUCCUCACAACUCAACUUUCAAUCACAGCUGAUCCCCUAGUGUCAUCCUGUUAUUUUGCAGAACAUAUAAUACAGGAGGAGAGAAGUUAAAUAAUUAGUCAAAAGCCACACCGCAAGACAUAAACAGAGUCAAGGCCUGACUUCCAGCCCAGCCUCCUUUCCUUAUCUGCCAAGUUUUGAUCCAUCAAAAAUCUUUUCUAAUUAGAACUGACAAAAAAAAUUCCUUUUCCUACCUUGGUGGUAGUUUUCUGAGAGACUUCUAGAAAUUUUCAACAAGCACCUACCAGGUCACCUCUGUGGAAUUUCAGCACUGGGCUGUGCUGUCUUCCAAGUCUUUGGCCCUUGCUGUGGACACGUCCGCCAUCUUGAAAACUUCUGACUAAAGAUGAGUCUUUUCUUCCUGGUCCCUCCUCCAAACAUUCCUUGGCCUCCGCACCCUUGGACCCCAGGUUGGGGGUUCGGUGUUUAUCAAUGAUUCCUCUCUUCUUGCCCCUUCAUAUCCUGCCAGCCACCAUGCCCAGCCCUGCCUGACUUUGGAACAGCCUACACAUGUGCCUCAGCUGCUCUUCCCUGCAAUCUUCCAAACUCCACCUCCACCCUCUCCUACCUUCAUUUUUACCAACCAUGGUCCUUCCUUGCCCCUCUGAGCCCAUCCUUCCAUCUCUCCUCCAUACAACCCACAAGAAUGAUCUCUCUGGAAAGCUCUAGAAGACAUGAGACCUAUUAUUUAGGGACCAAGAGCAAACCCCACAUCCUGACUCUCACAGCUUUGCAAUCCCACCUGCCACCAGCACUCCCUCUAAGCUUCUGCUAUCCCCAUUCCCCCAAACUAAGGGGUCCUCUCUCUCCCCUGGCCCUCUUUCCACUACCUCCCACCCCUAUUUAUUCCAGAAAGCCAUUCCCUAUAGUCUUUCUAGUUGCUGCUCCCCUGUUACUCAGAACAAAACACUGGAAAUUACAAUUUCUAGAGGGCAGGAAAGAAUCUUUGAUUGGAAUAAUUAGUGUUCAAUAAACAGCUGUCAAAUCUUGCCAA